AUUUCAUGUACAUCGUAGACGGUUAUGACUUUGUGAAAAGGCGUAAAUUUUGUUGGUGUAUCAACAAUCAUGAUGUGGGUGGAGGCGAGGAAGCAGGAGCGGAAAAUCAAAGGGAUGCUGGUGGAUUUUCGAAAACGAGCCGAAAGAAGACGAGAUUUCUACGAGAAAUUCACUCAAGAUCCAUCGCAAUCCCUCCAGCUGCAUGGACGCCCUUGCAAGAUGCAUCUAGAGCCUGCCUCUAGCUCUGGAGCUGGAGGAGAAUCUGGCAUGGGAAUGAUGCCGUGGCAAGGAGAUUCAAAAGUUCUAAUCGAUCGUUUCGACGGAAGAGCACAUUUGGAUUUUAUCCCGGAUGCGAAAUCAUUCGCAGUGGGAAAAAAUGAAAGCGAAGCUACUGAGAUGGGUGUUUACGACACUGAUUUGAGCCCCAGUGCCUUGGCGCAGGUCAACUACGAGCGCUACAGGAUUCUCGUUCAAAACGAUUUUCUUAACGUUUCGGAAGAGAAGUUCCUGCAACAAAUCUACGUCGAAGAGAAAUUCGGCCCUGUGACAAAAACUGGAGAGGAAGAGAAAAAGCGUCAGCUAGCCGACAAACGUGUGGCCAUCAACUACACCUACACAGACUCGUCAUUGCCGACACCGUUAAGGGCCCAGUAUCCCUGGCCUUGUUUCUUCCUCAUCUUUCUUCACUGA